UUGCGCAGCCGCACUUCGCUAGACGCGGAACCCUUGUGAGUGGUUUCCAGGUUUUCCAGCCGGCAGUGAAGGCGCACUUCCGGCCCUCACGGAAGUUGUUGCGCGGUCGUUUCCGAGGCGGUGUGAGGGAGAGGAGCGCUCCAGAUGGGUCGCAGUCGCUCCCGAUCUCCGCGGAGGGAACGUAGGCGGUCCCGGUCCACUUCGCGGGAGAGAGAACGCAGGCGCCGGGAAAGGUCUCGGUCCAGGGAGAGAGAUCGGAGAAGGAGCCGCUCUCGAUCCCCGCACAGAAGACGCUCCAGAUCCCCAAGACGUCAUAGAUCCACAUCUCCUUCUCCUUCUCGACUGAAAGAAAGAAGAGAUGAAGAAAAGAAAGAAACAAAGAGCAAAGAACGUCAGAUAACUGAGGAAGAUUUAGAGGGAAAAACAGAAGAAGAAAUAGAAAUGAUGAAGAUAAUGGGAUUUGCCUCCUUUGACUCAACAAAAAAAGUGCUGCUGAAAGUUAUUGUGUAUUUUGGGAAGCUUAUGUUGAACAUGCUCCAUCUCCAGAUACUUGUUCUUGGGAGGUCAAAAUUCUGCACACCUCAAGGGAAAAAGUUGGAUGGUUCUGUAAAUGCCUAUGCCAUAAAUGUGUCUCAGAAGAGGAAGUACAGGCAGUACAUGAAUCGCAAAGGUGGAUUCAACAGACCUUUGGAUUUCAUUGCGUGAGAGUUGAAAUGUUGAAGAAUGAUUUUCCCCCCCCUCAUCAUGAUUAGAAGAGUGGAUUUUGUAUUUUGUAUUUCAUAUGCAUCAAAACAGGCCAGGAUCACAGCUCUUCCUCCUUGUAAAGUAAGAAUAUUUUAUCUUUGAUGUGUGCAGUUCACUUACCCUGCCUCAGAAGAAGAAAUGUUAAAUAUCACAUUUUUUUCUUUUAGGAAGUAUCAUUUGGGGCAAUCAUCAACCCCAUUUUUUUGUCUUAUUCCUGUGGAAGCUGUAUAUGUUUUCUUCUUGGAUGCUCGUUAGGAUUUUUUAAAACACAUAAAAGUAAUUUGGAUGUGUCUCAAAUAAAGCAAUUAUUUCUA